UCGCCAGUCGUCCCCGCACGAACCUCAUCGAACACUUUUCUGGUUCUUCUCACCUUAGCGUUAGGAAGCUCAUGGCUAGUGGGGCUAGCUGGCUUCUGUGUGCUACGGUGCUCGUCUACGGAGUACUAUCUACGUACCAGGCUACCAGCAAAGGCAGUCUGGCACUGCCCAUCGGGUCACUGCUCCGUGUCAAGUUAGUCGGUACUUUCACCGGUGGGUGGCCCAAUCCAGGUGCCACUGGUGCUAAUCAAGUCUGGACUAAGCAAACCGCGUCGGUUUCAGCUGGAGCUCGGCCUCCUGCUCGUCAUGCCAAUAAAUAGACAUAGUGUCUCAUCGGAUGUCCGUCUCUCUCACGGCCCAGGAAAGUACUCCAAAGUCCAAACACCCGGCUCGAUGGCCUUUCCACUAUUGAGACCGCCGGGAUUUUGGUGGAUACGAUUAUUGGAACCCACCAUCUAGGCGCGACUCCACCCAAUGGAGCUGACUAUCACCUGUCAUGUGAAUUGGUAUCAGCUAUCUGGACCAACAGUUUCGUCACAGCAAAC